AUGACGAGUGACAUUGCCCUUUCAAAAGGCGCAUUGAAGGGAAUUCUUUCUAAGUCUGAAAAGCAUAAAUAUGAGGGUAAACCGUUGAUAGUUCAAGUGACAAAUGUUAAAGUUAUUGAAAACCCUGAUAGCGCGACUGGCGGUGCUACUAGAAGAUACAGAGUAUUAUUGAACGAUGGACUAUAUACUUUACAUGGAUUGAUUGCUCCUGAAUGCGUUCCUUAUUUAGAGAGUAAAAGCUUGAGAAAACUUUCUAUUAUUCAAAUUAAUGAGUAUACCUUGGCGACCACGCAAAAGAGAAUUAUUCUUAUUAGCGGCGUAGAGCUUUUAUCAAACAACAGCGAAAAGCCAACUGUUCCAUUGAUUUCCUGCGAUAACUAUUUUGCCGAACAUCCGGAGGAUGAUGAUUUGCAAUUGAACUCUACGAGCAGUAAGAGUCUGGUGUCGAGAACUGUCUCUCCCGCACCGAACUCAAAUUCCAAUAUGAAAAGAUCUCAAAACAACAUAAACGAAAGACCAGUCAACCCAAUCGAACUGCUUUCACCAUAUCAAAAUAAUUGGACUAUAAAAGCCAGAGUUUCAUAUAAAGGAGACAUAAAAACUUGGUCGAAUGCUAGGGGCGAAGGAAAGCUAUUCAAUGUGAAUUUUUUGGAUGAAUCAGACGAGAUAAGAGCUACAGCAUUCAACGAAGUGGCAGAUACCUGCUAUAAGCUUUUAGAGGAAGGAAAGGUAUAUUAUGUUAGCAAAGCUAGAAUUCAACAAUCCAAGCCUCAGUUUUCACAUUUGUCUCAUCCAUAUGAAUUGUCGUUAGAUAAGGACACAGAGAUAACUGAGUGUUUUAAUACCUCUGAUGUCCCAAAGCUUCAUUUCAAUUUCGUGAAGUUGAGCCAAAUCCAAGACUUGGAGCCAAAUGCUAUUGUCGAUGUUAUUGGGGUUUUGAAGGAAGUAAAUCCGGUUUUUCAAAUAACAGCAAAAUCAACUGGAAAGGCCUUUGAUAGGCGUAACAUUACUAUUGUUGAUGAAUCUGGUUUUGCUAUUGUGGUAGGUUUAUGGAAUACAACUGCGGUGGACUUCAAUGUCGAGGAAGGGUCAGUGAUUGCAUUCAAGGGAUGCAAAGUUCAGGACUUUGGAGGGAGAUCUUUGACUCUUACACAAGCAGGAUCCCUUCUUGCUAAUCCUGAUGUAUCUGAGGCUUAUAGCUUAAAAGGAUGGUAUGAUAAUCAAGGAGUUAAAGAGAACUUCAAGACUUUAAAAACGGAAUCUUCGAGUUCUAAUCAAUUUAGCAACAGAAAACUUAUAGGGCAGGCUCAAGAUGAAAAUCUUGGAGUAUCUGAGAAACCUGAAUAUUUCAGUAUCAAGGCAACCAUUAAUUUUCUCAAGACGGAAAAUUUCUGCUACCCAGCUUGUAACAAUACCAUCCAAGGUAGUUCCUCGCAGCCGGCUCAACAAAAUACAACUUGCAACAGAAAAAUCAUUGAAUUAGGAGAUGGCUCCUGGAGAUGUGAAAAAUGUGAUUUGACAUUUAGUGAACCUUUCUAUAGAUAUAUUCUCAAUUGUUCAGUUAUGGAUGAGUCUGGCCAAAUUUGGAUUACAUUAUUUGAUCAAGAUGCAAGGAAAUUAUUCGGAAUGUCAGCAGGGGAAUUAUUAGUUUUAAAAGAAAAGCAAAACAAUCAGGAAAGCAAUGAAUUCCAAGAACUCACUAAUGAAAUAACAAUGAAAGAGUUCAACUUUCGAAUCAAGGCGAGACAGGACACUUAUAAUGGAGCAGUAAGGGUUAGAUAUCAAUCCGUUGGCCUCAGUGAUGUUGAUUUUAAUGCCGAAGCUGAGCACAUUUGUUCGGAGUUAGAUUCCUUACUAUUUUAA